ACUUCAGACUGCUUCACUAAAAUAAUCAAAUCCCUCAAAGGUUCUCAAUCACUCUCACUUUCAAGGCAUUGUAACAAUCACACGCCAUACGUAGAUUUCAACGAAAAUGGGAUCGAAACAGCACAGAUACGAAAACAUGCCGAUAGACGACCGCGAUGAUAGGUCGAGUACCGAAGUCGAGUCGUUGAUGGAGGAGACUAAGCAGUGGCAUGAUGUGGACCUCCAGAGGCCAGUCAGGCGGUCGAGGACAAGCACAAUAUGCGCGCUCCUGAGCUCAUGGCGGUGGCUGAUUGAUACGACACUGCUUCUGAUUAUACUGGGCUUUGUUGCCAAAUCAUACUUCAGAGAGCAAGUAGCUGUCAAGCCUUAUGACUUCGGGGGAGAUAUUACAGGCGUCGGUCCGAAAUUCUCUGAGCAGAUCACCACGUUUGUGCACGAAGAGGAAUACGCACCAUACAACGUGUCCGAGUUCUUCAAGCCUGACGUACUCGAGAAGUGGAACAAGCUCAUGCCACUCGGCAUGGGUUUCCAAUGGGUCAAGGAGCCUUCCAAGUAUCAUGACCUUCCGAACCCCAUCGAUUGGGACCCGGGCAUGACUGUCUUCACCACCUCAAUGACACACCAGCUGCACUGUCUUUGGGCCAUUGUGCAGACAUACUCUGGUCUGAAGUCGGGCCACGAGAUCCCCGAUGAUCACCACUGGCACAUGAUCCAUUGCUUCAGCUACAUGCGACAAGCAAUAUUGUGUGCCGCAGAUACUGCCCUAGAGGGUCAUGCAACGACCUUCCCAGAUGACAACUCGGGAUCCGAUGGCUGGGAUGCCAAGCAUGUAUGCAAAGAUAUCAACCAAGUCCGGGACUACUUGGAAAGUGUACGAGCCUACGACGACCAGCAAAUCUACUAAAAUGCUGAUGAUGUGGUUCUCGGGCCAAAUAGACAGCGGCAGCCACUGGGUUAGGCUUUGAUGAUUGAGCCAACCAGUCUAACUUAGCUCAUAU